CAAAUUUAUUGAAACACGCGGCGACAGCGAACCCCUACGAGAUUCUAUCGAGAGAUGAAAAACUGUGCUUAGUGUAAGAACUAUAGUGAUUCUCUGAUGCGGAAUUAGGACAUGUAAAACUUUGUCAUGUCGGCAUCCAUCUACUUCAGAGCCUCGUCACUUCAUCAUAAGUGAUGUCAAUAUCACAUUGCUUCAAUUACUAGCGGUGUAUGAAAAGCUUUUUCUAUCAUGCAUCAGAGCGAAUUUGUUGCGGAGCUGUGAGUCCAAAACAGGAGCUACACUUCUACACGCAAUCGUUUCCCUCGAUAGGUUCUCGUCGCUCCGCACGGGAACAACGGUGUGGUGAGCGAGACGAACGACACUGGUGCCGUCGAAGAUGGCACCGGCGGGAAGAUGAAGUCACUGAUGCACAGAAACCAGAAAGACCAUGAUGAACAACAAUUGUCAACAACAAACUCCUCUCAGCAACCACCAGCACCGCCACAACCAGAAGAGCUUAGUGCCGAACAGAAAUCCGCAUUCACUUCCUAUCUCUGGGGCGAGGACAUGUUGGACCGGUUUUUAGAGGAAUUCGACAGCUCUUCAAUUACGGCGAAGGCAGAUGAUAGUACACGUCGCACUAAAGCCCCCACUGUGGAGGUAGAUGUUGGCGCUUCCAUUUUGCUCGAACACAAAGAGGAAGUCGAGGAUGAGGACCACGAAGCUGACGUUGUCAUGCGGGACCACGAUCAUCAACAGGAUGCUGCAGCUGGCAAUAGCAAUGGCGAUGCUCUUCUUGCUCCUUCGCAUCAAAUUCAACAUACCGAUGCCACCAAGACCACGACCAGCAGCAUGGCACAACAAGUCCAGCGCGACUCCCUCCUCGAGAACAAAACGACGGACAAGGAGCAGCGGUUCAAUUUGUUGCUCGAGAAGGACAUGGGGAAAAGUGCAGCGUUUGGCCGGCGGGGCCACGACAGCAUCUACAAACCCUACAACCGAAAAUACCUGAAACAGCAGACGAGACAGGCGAUUCACAUGCAGCAGAAAUGGAAAGAGAUGGACGAGGCGGUUAAGAACCAAAAGUGGCAGCCCGAGAAAGGUGUGGCAGUUCUGGAUAAGGAAGUGGCCAUGAAGAAUCACAUCUUCUUCAAAAACAAUGUCAACAAGGAUGACCCGGAAACGGUACGAAAGUUCUGCGAAGACAAAGUGCACAUAUACAUUGCAAAAAUGUCUGGGUCUGGAAGAAUACAAACUUGUAAUGCGCAUUUCAGAACACAGAAAAAUCUCUUAUGCAUAGGUAGCAAAAGCUGCCCACUUUCUGUCACCAAAAUGGGGGAUUUGUCAUGCGGAUUCGGCAUGUCGGAAGCUUCUCGAAACCUGUGAUGCUAGAGCUUCCAUGGCAAACCUUCUGCCGCGUCAUGCAAAAACAGCAUGACUCUUCCAGACCCAGACAUAAUUUUUACAUUUGAUAGCACAUGCCGGACUACGACUACAGCAACGGGUUCCAACUGCAGACGUUCGACAUUGACCACAUGCGCAAUCACGUCCUGCAGAAACGGCUGAAGAAGUUUGAGAAAGUGGACAAAGUCCAGCGGCCGGAGUUUUACUCGGCACCGCAUGCCGCGGAGAUCGUGAAGCAGGAAAUGGUCGAGGAGGCGCGGAAAAAGAGAGUCAAGGAGUCAGCUGCUGGUGCCCGGUUGAAGGUGGACGAAGAAGAUCCUAGUACUAUUUCGGCGAUCAAGAUCAAAGACGCGUUGCUUGAUGCAAGUAGUGUGGUUUCGGGAACAAAGGAAGAACUACACGUCGAAGAGAGCUUUCUUGGAGAUCAUGAGGGCACACAAAGCACGACAAAGGUGAAGGUCAAAGUCAAACAGGAGGCUUCAUCAGCGUCCACGCCCGUGCGGAACCCGAAGCGCCGGAUAUCAAAUGUAAAAAUGUCUGGGUCUGGAAGAUUGGAACUUGUGAUGCUGCAUUUGGAUUGCAAAAAAAUCUGUAUUGCAUGAGCAGCAAAGGGAGUGUGAUUUUUGCUACGUGGAGAUGGCAUUGAUUUGUAAUGCGGAAUAGGCAUCAAGAAGCCCUCAAAAAAUCUGUGAUGCUAGGGCACGCAUGACAGACAUCAAGACUCAUCUAAAACCUGCAUGACAAGUCUAGAAAUCUUCCAGACCCAGACACUUUUGCAUUUGAUACCGGAAGACGGAGGACAACAUCGUCGAGCAAGCCGCUGUAUUAAAUGCAAAAGUGUCUGGGUCUGGAAGAAUGCAACUUGUCAUGCCAAAUCUGAAGCAUGCAAAAAUCUGUGUUGCAUGAUUAAGUACCAAAAGUCUCCCAGUUUUGACCAAGUCGGGAGGCAGUUUCUCAUGCAGGAUAGGCAUGAGAAAGAUCGUACAGAAUCUGUCAUGCUAGGUCCUGCAUUCCAGACCUCAUCGGUCACGCAAAAGCUGCAUGAUAAGUCUCGAAUUCUUCCAGACCCAGACACUUUUACAGUUGAUACGCCGGAGAUGGAGACGAUGACGAAGCUGCCGAAGUCUCCGUGUUCGACGUAAGCCAGGUCUAUGGAUUGCAAAAAUGUCUGGGUCUGGAAAAGUGGAACCUGUAAUGCUGUUUGCGGACUCUAAAAGUGUCUGUGUUGCCUGAGCAGCAGCAAGAGGAGUCCGUUCUUGGCACGCAGAGAGGGCAUUUCUCAUGCGUAAUUAGCAUCAAGAAGCUCUCAAAAAAUCUGUGAUGCUAGCACCAGCAUCACAGACCUCCCGGGGCCGGGUCUUGCAAAAUCUGCAUGACAUCAAGCCCCGACUCUUCCAGAACCAGACCCAGACAUUUUUGCAGUUUAUAAGGUCGACCUUUCGACAAUAGACGUGGUGGGGACGGCGCCCAACGAUCUGAACAUGAGUGGCCUGGUGACUCCGGGCAGCAACAGAGGAGGUCGCAGAAACAAAAAUCGGAGGAGUGAUCAGCAGGACGACCGGUCAUCUGCCCUCUCGGAACUGAACGAGCUGAGCGAAAUUCCGGCGCAAUCGGAGUUUGGCAUGCUGGAGGAGCAUCUGUGGAACAUGGAGUACUCCGACUACCCGAUGGGCUCGCCUGUACCUGCGAGUGCUGCUAGGUCGGAAUUGUCCGGCUUCUUUGCACUCGACGAAUCUUGUUCUUCGCCCAUGCCCGGCGGUCGACCACGUGGUGGUGAUGGUGAAGACAAGGAGCAGUCUUCACAACUACUUCCAGCAGAGAAAUCUUCUCGCAUGAUCUCCCGGUCCUCCGUCCUUGGGGGAGAUGAUGACAAGAACUCCAUGAUUGAUGGCGGAGAUGAGGAUCAGGAUAAAAAGAAUCCCUUCGGUUUGCUGAGCCCGAAGAGAGAGAAUGAAAACGAUCGCAAUAAAAUAAAGCUGCCCACGUUGCUGCAGCCCACGCCCGUGCCACCCAACCACGAAUCUUCGCAGGAUCUUCAUGUUUCAGGGGAGGAACAAGGCACCGGCCGGGUAGGUGCGCGAAAUUUCAGCGCGCGAUCGUUUUUGGACUUGGGCGGGGAAGUAGAGAAUAAAAAUCGGUUUCCGAACGACGAUGCCGAGAAACGGGAGAAGCGGGCGCGUCUAUGGACCUGUCAUGAUUGAAGUCGACAAAGUUGAAAUACUUAAUUUGCCAUGCAUAAAAUGGAGGCCAGUUGAAGCCCAGUUUCCAAGUGGCGCAUGACAAAUCUGGGUAGAAUCCAAAUCCAGUUUGUCAUGCUGUUUGGAUGAGGAAGACGCCUUUUGUCGUGCUACGUGAGCACCUCAGUUUCUACCCCUCAACAGGCUUACAGUCUGCCUCUCUUGCGUCCUCUGCAAUAGAGACAAUUUCUGCGUUGCAUUUUAUGCAUGACAAAGACAAACUAUUUCAAUUUCAACUUUGACGAUUUCGAUCCUGACACCCCCAUAGCGUCUGGAAACGUUCUACAAGGAGAUGCGCCAGUUUAUGGCGUUCUCAACUGUUACAUUCUCAACUGUUGCGUGGAUUUGUGACGCAAGAACGAGAAACGUGAAAGGGUGGAGGUUGCGCCUGUAGCAUUACAAAUUCCGCACGGUCGGAUUUAGGUAAUGUUUAGCACUUUGCAAAUUUAUCAUGCGAAGCAGCUUGAUCAUCGUGUGGAUAAUAGUGGUGCUUUUGCAUCACAGAUCCAUCAUGUGACAGUUGAGAAUGUAACAGUUGAGAACGCCACACAGGUGAAGCAGAAGGAGGAAAUGCAGAAGAUGUGGCGCGAGGCAGUGAACAAUCAGCUGGCAAAACUCCAGGGCAACCACC